AUGGCGCCACCGGGAUUCGACACCGUCCUGCUUCGUGACAUCGUCUUCCCAUUCCCAAUUAGUUUCGGGCCUGAUGCGUGGGGUCGCAUCGAUAAGCCCCAACCAGCUACGCUAUCACUUCGCUUUUCAUAUCCCCGACCUCUCAUCGACCAAUGUGGCAGCAGCGACGAUGUUUCCUUUACCCUCAGUUACGGUGAUCUAUACCGCAAGCUUGAAGCCAAAUUACGAGAUGCCACAAAGGGUGAAGAUGGCAGCAUCUCGAGCGUUGGAGUAGAAGAAUUAGUUUCCACUAUCAGCCAUACUGCUCUUGGGCUGGCAUGGGAAACGAUACCUGAGGGUACCGUAGAGCGCGCAUUGGCUAUGGUGGGCGCAGAAAUUGAUAUCUCAAUACAUCUUCCUAAAGCUAUCCUGGGAGCUAACAAGGGUCUGACAUAUCAAGCUGUCAAUCGAGCCGUCAACCGGUCUGCGAGUCUAGUCGCCAAUCGAGAUGGACAACCGGGGAUUGCUGCGGUUCAACGUAUAUGCCGCAUUGAUGGUUUACGCUGCAAUUGUAUCAUCGGGGUGAAUCCUCAUGAGCGGGAAGCCAAACAGGCAGUCGUGGUUUCCCUUCAGUUUCCGAAGGUGAACGCAGAAUUACAUCCGCAGGUCAAAUUUUUGCAGCCUUUGCUGGAGGUUACACGACGUAUUACUGAUGCCGUUGAAAACUCAAGCUUCAAAACAGUCGAAGCUAUGGCUCAACUGGUCGCGAAAACGGCUAUUCAAGGCACGAGGUUCGACGAGGUGACAGUCUGCGUCGAAAAGCCCAGCGCGAUGGCCUUUGUGGGAUACUCUGGCAUAGAGAUAACGCGCACGAGACGCGACCUUUUAACCAGCAAUGAUGGGCAAAGUUGA